CGUCACGAUAACUAAUGCACGGACGCGUUCAAAAUGGAGGACUUACGAAGUUUAAUUGUGUUUGAAAUGGUCAUAAAAAUGUUCAGACAAGUGUCAAAAUCAGCCGGAAUAGAAUGGGCGCCAUUAGACGUGCCAAUGCAUCGUCGGCUUCAAACCCUUGCUGUGGCCGCCUGGGUAUUUCUAGCUAUCUUUGGAGAAGGCAUCAUGCUGUACCUGUUCAUCAAGCUGCUGUACUCCAGUUUUUGGUGGCUUGCCUUUUUGUAUGCUGUGUGGAUGAUGAGCGACAUUGGGAUUUGCCAUAAAGGCGGCCGAACAGUUCAAUGGGUUCGAAAUUGGGGCUGGUGGAAUUAUUUCCGGGACUUCUUCCCUAUCAAAUUAGUCAAGACAGCAGAGUUGGAUCCAUCUAAGAAUUACCUCUUCGCGUGCUUCCCUCACGGCGUGCUGUCGUCGGGCGCGUUUUGUUCUUUUGCAACGAACGCGCUCGACUUCCACAAGCUAUUCCCGGGCCUGACGCCCCAUUUGGUGAUCCUCGGGAGACAUUUCCUCGUUCCGUUUGCCAGAGACGUAAUCCUGUCUUUGGGUACAUGUGCACCAUCACAGGAGAGUUUGUUGUAUCUGUUGAACCCGAAGAGAUACCAGGGGCAGUGCGUGGCUAUGAUGGUCGGGGGAGCCGCUGAGGCGCUGGAUUCACAUCCUGGAAAGUACAUAGUCAUUCUCAGCAGGCGAAAAGGAUUUAUUAGAAUCGCCAUGAAGUCGGGAGCGUCUCUAGUCCCUGUCUUUUCAUUUGGCGAAAACGAAGUUUUUCGACCUCUUCACAAUAGUCUAGUGAGGAGGUUUCAGGAGAAGCUGCGCCGACACACCGGCAUAGCAUCAGUCUUCCCUUUGGGGAGGGGAUUGUUCCAAUAUUCCUUUGGUGUUGUACCUUUGAGGAACCCUGUCACAACAGUGGUGGGUACUCCAAUGGAGGUGAAGAGGAAUCUCGACCCUACAGACGAGGAGGUGGAUGAGGUCCACGCGGAGUUCAGGAAGCGGCUCGUCCAACUCUUCGAGAAUGAGAAAUCCAAGUACUUGAAGAAUCACGAGGAAGUACAGCUUGUCAUCACCUAGUACAAGGCUGAGGGAAUAUUGUGAAACAAUUUGGAGUAGCUGUAUUAAUCACCACAAGUUUUUAAUUAGCAAAAAAAAUAAUAAUAGGCCACUUAAAAAAUGAAUUUUUGUUACAACUUAAGUGCAAUUUCUAUGCGAUAAGAUCUGUGUAAACAGUUCAUAUAUUUAGAAAAUUCUGCAAAGUUCUGCAAGGACGAUUUUUCGAAUUAUUUACAAUGAGAAACAUUAGGCAUUGACUUAAGCAAGAUCAUGCUUACCUAGCGAUAGUUGAUUUAUUUUGUUUUGCGUGUCAACAGAUGAUCUGAGUUGGUAAAUAAAAUAUAGUAUACUUUUUUUUUUUUUUUAUUGCUUAGAUGUGUG